CGGAAAUCUCGGAUCCCUGUCCCGGAUAUCGCGAGAUCCGUGUACGCCGGUUACAGUCGCCGGCGAUUGACUUGAAUGGCAGAAGAUGGCGGCUCGGGGUGGAUUUCAGGCAGGCUCCGCAGCGGGAGUAGUUGGAGGAGGGAUGAAUCCUGGGCCUCAAAAUAGUGGCGGGCCGCCAGGAAUAGCUCCAGGAACACCCUCUGGCAGGAUGGGACCAUCAUCCGGGCCGCAGAACCACCUAUACCGUUCUCCUAUGCCUGGGCCUGGCUAUCCGAGACCUGGUAUGCCUCCUGGGAGCAGAAUGACACCACAGGGCCCGCCUAUGGGCCCGCCGGCUUAUGGUGCCAACCCUAUGACCCGGCCAGGUAUGCCCUUAAUGGACCCGACCCGGAAAAGACCAGCUCCUCAGCAGAUACAGCAAGUGCAACAGCAGGCUGUGCAGAACCGCAAUCAACACACUAAGAAGAAGAAGAUUGCUGACAAAAUUCUACCUCAGAGGAUCAGAGAACUUGUCCCAGAGUCACAGGCUUAUAUGGACCUGCUGGCGUUUGAGAGAAAACUUGACCAAACAAUAAUGCGCAAGAGACUAGACAUUCAGGAGGCCCUCAAGAGGCCGAUUAAGCAAAAACGGAAGCUUCGUAUUUUUAUAUCGAACACUUUUAACCCAGCGAAGCCUGAUGCAGAGGACGGGGAAGGCGCAGUGGCUUCGUGGGAGCUCCGCGUAGAGGGGCGGCUGUUGGAGGAUACUGCUGUGUCAAAAUAUGAAGCCACUAAACAGAAGAGAAAAUUCUCCUCGUUCUUUAAGUCACUUGUUAUAGAGCUUGACAAAGACUUGUAUGGCCCUGACAACCAUCUUGUGGAGUGGCACAGGACAGCCACCACCCAGGAGACUGAUGGCUUUCAGGUGAAGAGGCCGGGUGACGUUGGUGUUCGCUGCACUGUGCUGCUCAUGCUUGACUACCAGCCGCCUCAGUUUAAGCUGGACCCUCGCUUGGCUCGCAUGCUGGGGAUCCACACCCAGACUCGGCCAGUGAUCAUCCAGGCCCUCUGGCAGUAUGUGAAGACCCACAAGCUGCAGGAUCCCCAUGAGCGCGAGUUCAUCAACUGUGACAAGUACCUUCAGCAGAUAUUUGAAACUCAGCGGAUGAAGUUCUCAGAGAUUCCACAGCGUCUGCAUGCCUUGCUGAUGCCUCCUGAGCCAAUCAUCAUCAACCAUGUCAUCAGUGUGGACCCUAAUGACCAGAAGAAAACUGCUUGCUAUGACAUUGAUGUGGAGGUUGACGACACUUUGAAAACGCAAAUGAACUCCUUCCUGCUGUCUACAGCCAGCCAGCAGGAGAUAGCUGGCUUGGACCACAAGAUCCAUGAGACAAUUGAAACCAUCAGUCAUCUGAAGACACAGAGGGAAUUUAUGCUGAGCUUUGCCCGGGAUCCCCAGGGCUUCAUCAACGAUUGGCUGCAGUCACAGUGCAGGGACUUGAAGACUAUGACCGACGUUGUUGGAAAUCCUGAGGAGGAGAGGAUGGCAGAGUUUUACUUCCAGCCGUGGGCCCAGGAAGCAGUGUGCCGCUAUUUCUACUCCAAGGUGCAACAGAGGAGGCAGGAGUUAGAACAGGCACUUGGAAUCAGAAACACUUGAAGUUUGCAGAGUUAUACUGGGAAGGAGCUGUAGACCUGGAGACACAGGGGCCAGAGGGGUCUGUUACAACCUCAAAACUGGCCUUUUCUCAAAAAUAAAUACACAAGCAUAUUUUGUCACUAUUUCCUCUAGUCAGCCGUGAAAAGUGACCAUUCUGGAUAAUGUAACUCUCAUCUCUUUAUCCUGUCUGUCACAGCUGCCAAAGAAAAGGCCUUUGAGCGCAUAGGAAGGCCUAGUACAAGACUUGCCAUUUCAGCAAAGUAAAACACUUUCACAUUCCUUGUUUUACCCUCUUAUGAAUCUAUUUAUGGAUCUACAUGCUAACACAAUGAUGCUACAUUCCGUUAGCAUUUUAGCACUCCUUAUUUAGUGUUCCUGAAAUGUUAUUUUACUCUGUAUAAUUAGUUUGCAUAGACUUACCGUCUGUCUCAUAGCUUUGGUGUUGUCUCUCCAGUGCACCCUAAUAGUUUAGAGCCAUUUCGAGUCCAUUUAGUUUUUGGAGAUCCAGUGUUAGUUUGUAGUGUAAAAUAACACUCCUGUGUAUUAAAGGUGAGUGGUCAUAAUGAACAAAAGGGCAUGAUGUCAUGGCCUUCAUUUUUAUAUCUGCUGUGGUGUUUAGGCAGGUUAGUGAGCCACAUUAUUAGGGUUGUGUGCAUUACGGGUCUGUGCAAAGGUCUGUCGUAGCGGCGUGGGGGGGGGGGGGGCUCGCGGCUCGAUGUUUUUGUCUCUAUUUCCUCACACACAGAGACUUGAACUUUGUUUUGUCUGCCCAUUCAUUGAAUUUUGGAGUGUUCUCUUGACAAUGUCUUUCUGAUCAACACUCCAUUGUUAUUUCAAGCAUUAGAGUGUUAAAUUAUAAUUUUUAAAUAUGGAAAGCCACAAAAUAACAGUUGAAUUAGAACUAACAGAUUAGUGAAAAGCUUGUAUAGUCUUAUGGUAAAUUUUAAUAAUUGUAGUCACAUUCUAUACAUCUUUUCCUUUUUUGUCUGAGUAGUGCUCCUAUGUUUUAUUUUUUUAUUUUAUUAAAGUAGAAAUUAAGGACUGUAUCCCAUAUUACUAAACAAUUACAUGAAAAUGUUUGCUUUUGUUGUGUUUGACCACAUUGUUUUUGUUUAAAUAAAGACUUCAUUAUUAA